GCAUUUGAAGGUUGUAGUGGGACAUACCGAUGCGAUACAAACUACCCUUACUUCGCCAAGACAAAAUGGAAUAUUGUUCAAUGAAAUCUGUAAUCUUCAUCACCACGGUCAUAUUUACAACACAGGCUGCAGCUGAAGAGAUUGUUUAUGGACAGGUGGGGGGAUCUGUUGUAUUCCAGAAAAAAUUAGAGCUGAGCAAUCGAGCAAGAAUUUUCUGGAACUUCAGGUCAGCAAGCGGAGAAGUUAAAAAUGUGUAUUCAUAUAACCCCAUGGGCAUGCUAGCCGCAGGCUCGUGGAUAAAGGACAGAGUGUCCGUGUUAAACGCAGGUUUAUCUUUAACCAUCAACAGACUGAUACCUGAAGAUUUCAGUGUCUUCGAGUGUGAGAUACAUGACAAGUCAAAGACAGAGAAGACUAUAUACAGACUAUACAAGAUCACAGUCCCACCCUCCACUGUCCUCCUGGCCACGCAGACUCUUUCACUGACCUGUGAUGUAGAGAAAAGUCCAGCUGAGACAAGUGUAGUGUGGACGUCCCCUCGGGGGACUGAUUACACCAGUGAAAAGACCACAGUGAAAAAUGUAAGUGAGCAACACCAUGGAGUUUGGAAGUGCAAAGUCGGCUACCAAGGCAAGAAGGCCGAAGCCACCGUCUCUGUCGCUGUCGUGGAUUUCUCCACCUCUCUCCCCCAGCUCAUCUACACCUCCCGGAGCUUCACUUCUCCCCUUCUCCUUCCCUGUGCCCUGCACUCUUGUCUCGAAUCAUCACAUCUGUCACGGUUUAAACCCCAAAACGGUCAGUGGAGCUUUACCCCCUUUUCAGUGGACCCCGCCCAAGAGGGGCGCGGCGCUCCCCCGCCGUUUCUGUCCCUCUCCAAGGGGUCCCCACUGCAAUGGCUUGACAGUCAGGGCUCCUGGGUCAACCAGUCGGCCCUGGGGGAGGGCCUCGAGUAUUGCAACUUCUCCAUAGUGAAGCACAUCGGGGAGGAAGGGGGGAUCUACACCUGCACUCUAGGCUUUGAAGGUGGAGUGACACUCAGCAGGAGCGUGCAGGUGGAGGUGUUGAGAGUGGAGUCAUCCCAUAGUAACCCCGUACAGGAGGGCCUGGCUGUCAACAUUACCUGCACCUUGGGCCGACCCAUACCCAGUGACCUGGAGGUGAAAUGGACGAUCCCUCGCUACCCCUCAACGAUCCUCUCCAACUCCCUCAGUUCAUGGAUUCUGUCCCACCCCGGAGUGCGUAAGAAAGAUGAGGGGACGUGGUUGUGUGAACUGAGGAAAGGGUCCAAGGUGCUGACCAGUGCAUACACGAUCCUGAGGACAGUGCGGGCACCUGUGAACGUUUGGCUCUGGGUUUCGAUAAGCGGGGCAGUGGUCGUCCUCGUCCUCAUCCUCAUCCUCAUUGUGAUCUUCGUACGAGGACGUAAACAGAAUAUGAUGUUUAGGCGGAGACGACGCAAGAUCAAAUACUGCCGCUGCAAACACCCUCAAGUAAAAGGAUUCUACAAGAGCUGAGGGAUCAGUGGGAAAAGAGGAACUGCCUGUUUCAGAGGACACUUCAGUUUUGUUGAAUAAUGUAUAUACA